AUGGGAAGAGCACCUUGCUGCUCAAAAGUUGGUUUAAGGAGAGGGCCUUGGUCUACUAAAGAAGACAAUCUUCUCUCUAAUUUUAUCCUCCAAAAUGGGGAGGGCCAAUGGCGAUCUCUCCCCAAGAAAGCCGGGCUUUUGAGGUGCGGGAAGAGCUGCCGGCUGAGGUGGAUGAACUACCUCCGGCCGGGAAUAAAGCGCGGCAACAUCAGCCAAGACGAGGAGGACCUGAUCGUGCGCCUGCACGCCCUCCUCGGCAACCGGUGGUCCCUAAUUGCGGGCCGCCUGCCAGGUCGAACCGACAAUGAGAUCAAGAACUACUGGAACACCCACCUUCUCAAGAAACUCCAAACCGCCGGGCUCCGGCCCAAACCCGGACCCUACCAGCCCACUAGGCCCGCCCGGACCACGAAACACCAGAGCCCAACCUCCCCAAAAGAUAAAAAUAAGAGGAGGAAGAAAAAGAAGAAGGACGAGGAGGAGAAGGAGAAUGGGCCGGCCCCCGAGGCAGAGGAGCCCGAGGAGGAGGAGGAGGAGGAGGAGAAGACCAAGGUGUAUCUGCCGAAGCCGAUUAGGGUCUCGUCGAGGACGAGCAGCUACGACAGCCUGGACAGCCGGGGGCCUGCUGAGGUGGCGUCGUAUGUUCCGUGGUACCCGCUGCUCGAGCUGGAGGAGGGUGGUGGUGGUGGUGGUGGUGGCUGCCUUGUGUCGGUCUCCGGGGAGUUGGAGUUGGAGCAAGUUUACUAUGAUGAGUACUUGCAGUUGUUGUCUAUUUGA